UGGAAACACGCUGAUGCCGGAUGCUGAGUAGCCGGGGAGACGAGCACACAGGAGAGACGGUAUGAGCUCCACAUCAGACUGACCUCCGGGCACCCGAGAGCAGAAAAACAUGGAAUCUAAAAUAAUGAUUUCUGGUAAUCUGACUGAACUGCGUCCCCUCACGCGAGGCAUCACCUUUACGGGGCGGCCAUAUUCUUCCUCGUGCCGGAGCUUGUCUCGAGGCAGCAGUUCUUCAUCUCUGAGAUCUUCACUUCGGUCUUCAGUCAUCUCUGUACCAGAUCCUAACCUCUCAGUACAAGACAUAGAAAGGAUAUUAUACCAGAGGGUCAACGAGAUUCAGGAAGAUUUGAAAAAUGCAUUUUCAACAUUAGAUCUUGAUCAGACAUUCACUGUGACCAAAGGACAACUGUACCGAGUUCUGAAAAACUUUAUCAUACCCCUCACUCAGCCGCAAUUUGAGGAACUGUUAAAAAAGAUCCUUGUUCUCGAUAAUGGCACAAUCCCGUAUCUAGAGUUCUUGGCACAGUUCCACCGGGCUGGCACCAGUGGGACCCAGGUCAAGAGGAGAUGGAGCUGUUCUCAAGCAAACCAAGUAAUGACUCUUAAUGAGCUGGAAACCCGACUGAAACAAAUGAUAUCUAAGAAUCUGAAGAACUUUGUUAGGUCCUGUCGGCUCUUUGAUUACAAUCAAAAUGGACAAAUCCAGAAACAUGAACUUCGACGGGUCCUAGAAAAUUACUGUUUCAAGAUGAAAAAUGUUGAGUAUGAAAAAUUUUGGAGUCACUACUGUAUAGGUAAGAAGCACACCAUGGACUACAAGGAGCUUCUGCGAAAUCUUGGCAUUAAUGUAGAACAGCAGAACAAACCUGGGCAGGAGAGUGUGGCACAAGCAUUAAAUUGGGAGGCAACCACGCUAGAGCUAGAGAAGCAGAAAAUGUGGAGAUCACCUGCUUCACGCAACGGGUUCAACACUGAAGAUUGUACAUUGGAGGAUCUUGAAAAAGUAUUCAGAAAAAAGAUCUCCUCCUUCCACCCGGAUCUUGUGAAGGCCUUCAGAUCUUUUGACGUAGAUCACACUGGAUGCGUUCCUCUGGAUUCCUUCAAGUCAAUCAUUAAUAACUUUGUUUUCCCGCUAUCUGACCGGACAUUUCACGAGUUAAUGAGCAGGUUCAGAUUCAAAACCACCGAUCCGAUUUCUUGGGAGGAUUUUCUGCAAAGGUUCAGAAGACCUGCUGGUAUUGAAAAUGGGCAAACUCUGCCAAUGAAAUCAAAUCACAGGGUCAAUUCGGUAAAAGCCAAAGACCUACAUUUUUCAAAUGAUCACAUACUUCAGAAACUUCACCAGCACUUUCAAGAAGCAUAUCCAUCCUUAAAACAAGCAUUUCUUGUACUUGAUGAGGGACGCAAUGGGAGAGUUAGCAGAAAGGAACUGCGCCGCAUCGUUGACUGCAUGAUGUUCCGAAUUACAGACGAGCAGUUCAAGGAGUUAAUGAUCAUCCUUGACCCAGAACACACAGGAUUCAUCAGUUACCACCAGUUCCUGGACUUGUUUGAGGAGAAGGAAUCUGUUACAGGUCACAAAUGGUUAAAUAACACAAGACAACCUGCAAAGGAGACUCCAGUUGUGCUGUCGGUGGAUACAGUAGAAAGCAUUCUCCGAGACAACAUUACUACACACUGGAAAGACCUUUCCAAAGCUGUCCAGGCAUGUGACACUAAAGGAUCGGGGAUCGUCAGCAGGGGCCAGCUGAAAAGAAUCCUUCAGUCAUACUGUCCCUCAGUGUCAGAGGAUCACUUCCAGAUGAUUUUCGAUCAAUACAAUUAUGGCUCCUCUGAUUGCGUCCCGUUCAUCCAGUUUUUCCGUGACCUGGGAGUGUCUGUCUCUUGCGCUGGGGACAUCAAUGGCAUAAGCACUGACAUUUUAGAAAGGAACCAGUUCCAAGAAGAGUUGAGGCAGUUUGAUCAUUCAGACAGAAUGAGAGAGAUUGAAAACCAAGCCAGCAAUCUGAUCAGGAAGAUUACUGUGGAUGAGGUGAUCGACAAGUUAAAGGACUGUGUCACCAAACAUGAGUUUUCCCUCAAGGAAAGUUUUCUUGCCUGCAACAAGCAACCAAAUGGAAAAAUCACCCAAAAAGAUUUUAGGAAGGUUUUGCAGGAUCACGAGCUGCAUCUAGAUGAGGAACAAUUUAUUGACUUAACUGAAAAGUUGGGAUUUACAAAGGAAGGCCUUAGUUAUCUGGAUUUCGUGUCAUUAUUCGAAGUCCCAUCAGGAGAUGGACCUGGGGAGAAGUUACAUAAUAGUCCUAAUCAUCGAGUGAAUAAGACCAAGUGUCACUACAUGACGGCAGAAGAGUGUCUCAGCCAGUUGUUGGAUAAAUUAAGAGAAGGAUAUGGGGACACAUACAGUGCCUUUUACAAAAUAGACAGCAACCGGGAUGGCCUUAUCACAAUGCAUGACUUCCGCCGCCUGUUGGAUAGCUUCAUGUUCAUCAUCACUCAGAAGGAAUAUGAACGUCUACUUAACCUCCUUGGACUGAAUCUAAUGUCCACUUUAAAUUAUAUGGAGUUCCUUAACUUAUUACGAAGGCAGGAGAAAGAGGAUUGCCCACCAUGGCUAAAUUCAUUUUACAGGCCCAAACAAAGCCAGGACUGCGCGGAUCUGGCCUGCGAGCAGGCUCAUUACUACCUCCUUACAAAGGCACAAGGCAGAUGGCACGACUUAGCCAAGACAUUCUGUGAAAUUGACAGCGACGGGAAUGGCAUCAUUCAGAAGAAAGAUUUGAGAAAUGUUUUAUACAGAUUUUCUCUUCCUAUUACAAAGAGUGAAUUUGAAAAACUCUGGCACAGAUAUGAUCCAGAAGGUAGAGGUCAUCUCACCCAUCAAGAAUUCCUCCAGAAACUAGGAGUGAAUUUUGCCACCGGAGAUAGUGGUCCAAGCCAACGGAUUAUAGAAGACAACUACCAAACUUUAGAGAAACACUACAGCUCACAGCAGAAGAUCAACAAGGAAAUGCAAGAAUUCCACAAGCACCAAACCCGAUCCCUGAACAUUAAAGAUAUAGAACAGCAGAUCAAAGAUAAGUUUAGAGAGUACUACCCGGAUUUUUCUGCAGCAUUCACUAAAAUAGAUAAAAACAAGGAUGGAUUGAUAACUGUGGAUGACUUCCGGCAAAUGCUUGAAGACUUGAACUUUCAUUUAGAUGAUGAUCAAUUUCUCAACCUCUUGUACAGGUUAAGGCUAAGAGUUCUUGACAACAAGCUCUCUUAUUUUGACUUCCUGAAAAUGAUUGAUGACGGGAGGGCUUCAAAGUAUGGACAAAGGCAAGAAAUGAUUAUGACCAUAGAGAAUGUCCAGAAUCUCAGCCCACAGAAGGUGCUUGUUAAGCUGAAAGAGUCUGUCAAGAACUCUCAGGAGGAACUGCAUAAAGCAUUUUCUGCAUUUGAUAAGGACGACACUGGUACAAUAAAGCCUUUUGAAUUACAUCGGAUUCUUGACAGUUUCUGUUUUAAGCUUACGGACAAGCAAUUCAAGUACGUCCUGAGUAAACUCGCGCUGAACAAGAAUGACACAAUAGACUGGAGAAGCUUCCUACAUAAUUUCUCCAACUUCACUGCCGAGCCUGUUUCCACAUGGGUGGAGAGAGUGGAGAGGGCCACUAGGCCAAGAACAGGUCAAGAGCUGACAAUGAAGGACAUUGUCAGACAUAUACAGGAGGUAAUCGAGGCACGCUUUUACUCCAUUACAAAGGACCUCUUCAACAUAGAUUAUGCUGGCAUCAAUGUCAUCUCAAAGGAAGACUUUCAAGAGUUUUUUCAUAAAAAUUUCAUGUUGUUAACAGAAGAACAGUUUGACAUUCUUUGGAACAUGUUGCCUCUGAAUCCAUAUGGUAAUCUCAAAUACCAUGAUUUCUUGAAGAUGUUUAGCAGUGAAGUGCCGACCACUCCAUUACCAUUGUCACGUAAUGCAGAACCAAACUAUAAGCUAGAGUCUUCAGUCACACAAGGUCGGACAUCAAUGACCAGGCGACCUAAAACUGCACCAUCCACCUUAAAUAAACCAUCUACUCCUGCACAGAGGCCACACACAGCUGCAACGCUCUCUGGGCCAAUGAUAAACUGUGAGCAAGUCGAAAACAAGUUGAAAAGUAAAGUCUCUAAAUGCUGGCAGGACAUUCAUAGAGCAUGUAGAGAAAAAGACCUGGAAAAGAAGGGUCACAUCUCAUCCACUGACUUCUCAGCUGUUCUGCGGCAGUUUAACAUGGAUAUUUCUGAGGAGGAACUUGAGAAUUUAACACUGAAAUAUGAUUUAAGAAACAAUGGGAAAGUCUCCUAUUCAGAUUUCCUGCGAAAUGUGACACUUGGAACGACACCUCAAAAAAAUGCACUCCUACAGAGGAUGAAAUUGCAGAAGCCACGCAUACCGGUCAGCACUGGAUUAUACGGACCACAUUUUUUAGAUGCCAUGCUCAGAAUCCAGCCGAAGAUCCUUAACAACUGGAGAGCAGUGAGAAGAACUUUCCAGACUUACGAUGAGACACGAAGUGGUUAUAUCAACAUUCAGGAUUUUAAACAGGUUCUGCGGAAAAUUGGCGUCAACCUUUCCGAGGAUGAAUUCUUCCACAUUUUUGGUUACUUCGACAAAGAUUUAAAAUCCAAAAUAUCUUACAAUGACUUUUUGAGUGAAUUCCUGAAAUAAUUACAUGUGAUGUGAACAUUUCAUUGAAAACGUGUGAGUUGAUUUUUUUGCUCUGACAAAAAGGGCAUAAAUGAAUUUACAAAUCGCCAGAGUUAACGUUGGCCCUAAGCCGUUGCCUGAUAAAUAACAUACUAAUAGAAAACAAGCACGGUUUCCAAAUUCCAUGCUAAUGAAAAGUUUUGGCUUUCAUCAAACAAAUUAGUAAGACAAGAAUAACAAGGGCUCUUAAAAAAAUAGAUUUAUUAACUAAAAUAAAAAAAAUUCCCUAGUAAAUGAAGAGGUGUGUAAUGGAUUUUUUUUUAAUUAUCAACCACACAGAAGUUAUAAAUGAAACAUAUUAUUACCUGUGCUUUCAUUAAAUCUGUUAAUUAAUGCUUUUUUAGAAGAAAAGAUAUAUU